UCGGUGUUCGCGUAAUAUUGCUCCUAUUUUUGUCUUUUGCCUUGACUAUUUGAAUUUUAAACUGAAACUGAAACUUGUCUAGUUGUUCACUCUCAUCACUCCAUGCCUGUUUACCUGCCCUUUUUAUUGCAUGCCAAUUUCUCUCUCUCUCUCUCUAUGGGGUUUUAGUAGUCUUUCAGAGAAGCAGACCCAUUUUGAUUUCUCUGAUGGGAGAGCAAUAAAUCAACAGGAGAAGUUGGGGAAUGCUGUGUAGCCGCAAAAUGUUCAAUUUCUUUGUAAGGAAAGAUAUUAGGAAGAUUCUUAAGCGCAAAGACAGUGAUGCUGGCCAAAAAGGAAGAACUUUGGAAGAGUUGAGAGCUUCUCUUUUUAAUGAAUUUCGCUCGUCUGAAGGCGUAAAGCGUCAACAGCAAUGUAGAUGUGGUCCCAUUGCUGCUCUUACCUUCAAUUUUUUGGUUGCUGUUGGUAUUAUUUUCACGAAUAAAUUGGUGCUUAAUAAAGUUAAAUUCAAGUUCCCUAUAUUUCUCACUUUUAUUCACUAUGUUGUAAGCUGGUUAUUAAUGGCCAUUCUAAAUGCCUUUUCUAUACUCCCUGCAUCUCCUCCCUCAAAAUUGACACGGUCAUCUACUUUAAUUACUCUUGGCACUGUUAUGUCCCUAUCUACUGGCCUCGCCAAUGUCAGCUUAAAAUACAAUAGUGUGGGGUUUUAUCAGAUGUCUAAGAUUGCUGUAACACCGUCCAUUGUCCUGGCAGAAUUCUUAUUGUAUAGAAAGAAAGUUUCUUUCCCCAAGGUGCUUGCACUUACAGUUGUAUCUAUUGGUGUUGCUGUGGCUUCGGUGACUGAUCUCCAAUUCGACCUCUUUGGUGCUUGUGUAGCAUUUGCAUGGAUAAUACCUAGUGCAGUCAACAAGAUCCUCUGGUCAAGUUUGCAGCAGCAGGAGAAUUGGACAGCCUUGGCCUUGAUGUGGAAGACGACGCCGAUCACUUUAUUAUUUCUGGUUGCUUUGAUACCAUUGUUGGAUCCUCCUGGUGCCCUUUCCUUUGAUUGGAACUUCAAUAACACAUUAGCGAUUCUCGCAUCAGCAGUUCUUGGCUUCUUGCUUCAAUGGUCAGGUGCCUUAGCACUUGGGGCCACGUCUGCCGUCACCCAUGUUGUUCUUGGGCAGUUUAAAACAUGUGUUCUUCUUCUUGGAAACUACUAUCUCUUUGGUUCCAAUCAAGGAAAAACUAGUAUUAUGGGAGCUUCCACAGCAAUUGCUGGUAUGUCUUUUUACACUUACCUUAAUCUGAAGCAGAAAUCAAGCAAAACAACCCGACAAGCCUCUUUGCCGGUAUCCAGACUGAGCAAAGAAAAUGGCAACACACAUGAUGGAAAUGGUGGUGGGGAAUCAGUCAAACAAGACGCCUAACUUUGGUAAGAAGAUUAAUGACAAGAUGGAGCUCUUCAUUAACUUUAGUUGUUUUAUUAAUUUAUUCACCUUUUAACUUUUUUCUGAAUCCAAAGAAUAGGGCUCUUGACUGCAAAUUGAACAUUGUAUAUAUGAAUGAUCCGGACAAUUCUUUAUCUGAAUACCAUUUUGUUUA